GACAUUAACUGCUCAUUGUUACAACAUUCAAAUGGUCUAAACUUCUCUCCCAUGAGCAAGCGCUGUCUUAGUUCCUAUAAAAACAAUGAAUCCAAAACGCAUGUUUUUCUCUCGUCCUCGUCUUCGUCUUCGUCUUACUACCAGUACCCGUGGCGGCCGCGCCGCAAAUUUUUCAUUCGCUUUCACUGUCGCAUUUUUCCCAACACUCUUUUGAAUCAUGGUGGCACUGUCAGUGCUCAUCCGCCUUCCAUUCAUUGCACUUUCUUUUAUCGCUCUUUCCCAAGCUUCCCCUUUGAGCUUCAAAAUUGUAUCUAACUAGCCACAUACGAAAACAUUCGAACCUCAAAUUACCACGCGGUCUUUCCAGUUCGUUUAAAUCAUCGUCCAGCAUGACACCUAUUUCUUCUGUCUCUGCAACCGCGACGACGACUUCUCAGGUGCCUACCGGGACAAGCUCUCCUACUGCAUCAUCGAAAUAUGUCAUUGCGCACUUCAUGGUCGGAAAUGCGUACCCCUAUACCGUGGAUAAUUGGCUCGCGGACGUUUUCCUUGCGCAUUCCAGUGGAAUCGACGGCUUCGCUUUGAACGUAGGAGUGGAUGAUUGGCAGCCUUCGCAGGUGGCCAAUGCUUACCAAGCAGCGCUCCAGUCUGGAACUGGGUUCAAACUUUUUCUGUCCUUUGAUAUGUCUUCUUUGCCUUGUAGCACAGCUGCCAACGCCGCCACUCUUCGUACUUAUAUAACAACUUACGCCGCACACCCUAAUCAGCUACUUUACAAUGGUCGCGUUUUUGCCUCAACUUUCUCUGGAGAAACUUGCACUUUUGGACAAGGAUCUGUCGCUUCUGGAUGGUCGACUCAAUUUGUGCAACAACUGACAGGAUCUUCCGCGGUUCAUUUUGUGCCAUCAUUUUUCAUCGAUCCAUCACAGUUCAAUACCUACAGCAGUGUGAUUGAUGGCAUGUUCAACUGGAAUUCCGCGUGGCCGACCCAAGUCACUACUUCAUUCGUAUCGUCCCUAGGUCUGCUUGGAGACAUUGCUACUGGACAAUCCUCCGCUGUCUCCUCAGCAUUAUCUGGCGUCAUCGGAUCAACAACUCCAGACGAUACAUACAUCUCGAGUUUGACUGCAAUGGGUGGCGGUCGAACGUACAUGGCAUCUGUAUCUCCGUGGUUUUUCACCCAUUACGGCCCGUCAUCUUACAAUAAAAAUUGGAUGUACUUCGGCGAUGAGCACUUGUACGCUACUCGGUGGGAGUCGUUGAUCAAUAUCCGCGACCAGGUGGAUAUAGUAGAAAUCAUCUCUUGGAAUGAUUUCGGAGAAUCGCAUUAUAUUGGUCCGAUAGAGGGCGACCAACCCAUGAGUCAAGCAUGGGUUGAUGGAAACGAUCACACUGGCUGGCUCAACCUGACGUCCUAUUACGCAUCAGCCUUCAAGACGGGAACGUACCCUACUCUGACCAAAGAUCAACUCGUAAUGUGGUCUCGUCCACAUCCUGCGGCGGCUUCCGCUUCAAACGACCCGGUUGGAAAACCAACAAACUAUCAAAUUACCCAAGACAAGGUUUGGGCCGUAGUCCUGGCGACUUCUCCUGCUACAGUCGUGCUUUCCACCUCUUCUACCCAAUCUCAAACUUUCAAUGUUUCUGCUGGUGUUUCGAAGUUAUCUGUGUCCAUUCAACCUGGCGGGACCAUGCAUGGGACACUAACCCGAGGAGGGCAGACCGUUAUUGACCUACAGGCAACGAACUUCACCUUUGAAGCUGAGCCAACGACAUAUAACUUCAAUGCCCACGUUGUUGCCUCCCCGUAGUAUUGGCACUUGUGGUUUUCAAAAAAGAAUCAUUGUAGUGAUACCCAAUUUAUUCAAAUUCGAGCACCUAGCAUUAUAUAGCUGAGCUAUUAUACCUUUAUCUUCUAGUCACCGUGUACGCUGGUGUAUACCGUAGUGAAAUCAAGUUGCCGACUUCGAUAACCGCUCAUGAUUACAUAACGACUUUUAUGUCUG